UGAGAGGAGCAGAGGACGCUAAGCCUCAAUGAUUUUGAUUCCUUCAGAUAAAUAAAUAUAUUCUCACAUCAAAUGCUCUGUGAGGUCUUCAAUAGAAGGAUUAACUCAAAUCUAUUGACACCUCCCUAGUCAUAUUUGCUUUUCGUCAACUAUAAAUACAGGACAACGGUUCACAGCUUGAAGGCACAGUAUCAACAUUCAAUUCUACAGUUAAUUUCAUUUCAAGAGCUUUUCUUUCUUCAACCGAACCAAACAUGUCAAGCUCAUGCGUCAACUGCAACUGCGCUGACAAGAACCAGUGCGGGAAGGGAAACAACUACGGUGUGACCAUUGUAGAGACUGAGAAGAGCUACUUGGAGACUGUUGUCAUGGAUGUUCCAGCUGCUGAGCAUGGUGGGAAUUGCAAGUGUGGUUCGAACUGCACUUGCACUAACUGCACCUGCGGCCAUUAAGUAAAAUAUGCAAAUGUAAUUGCCAUGAGUUUGGCAAUAUGAAGUUAAUAAUGUAAUCUUGUACUAAAUAAAUGUGUGUUUUGUUAUGUUGCUUCCUGUCUGUAUGAGUGAUACACAAUUUAUAUAACAGCCAUGUUGUGGCAUGAUGUGGUUAAUCGAGUUGAAGUAUAAAUUUUGUUUGUUAA